UAUACCUUCGAUCCAACGGACCCUGCACCCCCUCAUCACUCCCACACAAACGGAGACUCCAAUCCGAUCCAACGCAAGCCAAAAUUUUCUCACAUGGUCCUCCGCAAUUUUCCCGGAAAAUUCCCUCCCUAGCCUUACAAUUUUCCCGCCAAAAUCCUUAUUCGAUCAGUGAGGUGUGUUAAUGGCGGAUUCAGAUAACGAAUCGGGGGGUCACAACAACGCGAACAGUGAGCUAUCGGCCAGACCGAGGGAGCAAGACAGGUUCCUUCCGAUCGCGAACGUGAGUCGAAUCAUGAAAAAGGCUUUACCGGCGAACGCCAAGAUCUCCAAGGACGCGAAGGAGACUGUGCAAGAGUGCGUGUCGGAGUUCAUCAGUUUCAUCACCGGCGAAGCCUCCGACAAGUGCCAGAGAGAGAAGCGUAAGACGAUCAACGGCGACGAUCUACUCUGGGCCAUGACCACGCUAGGGUUUGAAGAGUACGUAGAGCCUCUCAAGGUUUACUUAGCCAAGUACAGAGAGAUGGAGGGUGAGAAGACCACCAUGGGCCGCCAGGGCGACAAGGACGGAUCCUCCGGCGGCGGAGGCUCCGCCGCGGGCGGCGGAGUUAGUCCCGGCGGCGGUGGAUUUAACGGAGGAGGAAUGUACGGUGGGAUGCAGGGGGGAUCAACGAUGAUGAUGAUGGGGCAGGGGCACCAUCAUCAUCAUCAUCAGGGCCAGAUGUACGGCUCUGGUUAUCAGAUGGGGAUUGGGAAGGGUGGUGCGGGCAGUGCGGGCAGUGGUGGUGGAGCGUCCACUGUGAGAAGGUAGGUAGUGAUGAGUAUUAUACUGUGUAGUCAAUCCUUUGAUGUGGGUGAUGUUGUUCUGUUCAUAACUGUUUUUAGGACUUUUUUUUAGUUUAAUUUUUUGCCUUUUAAUCAUUAACCUGUGGAAUUUAUAGAGAUGUGUAAGAUUUUUUUUUUUAUUUACUUUUUUUUGGUUAAUUUUGUGAAAUUGAAAAUGGUAUAAGUGUAAUUGUGGAAAGAAGGAAAUGAGGAUAAUGAUAAUGCAAACUAGUGAUUAGCUAGAAUUUGUAAUUGAUGAAAGUGAAGAAGAAGAAGAAGAUUCAUGUAAUGGAAUGGAAGAUAAGGGGUUGUUUGUAUGAACUCUUGUUUUUUGUUUUUUUUUUCCUUUGAACUUGUUGGUUAGUAGUAGAACUUUGUGUGAUUUGCAAAAUUUGGGGAAGAGUUAGAAUUGAGAUAUAUUUAUAUGGUAAAAAAAGGUAUUCUUUGUA